UCCCUGAACCUCCUCUCCCCCCCCCGGUCCUCGUCCCUGAGCCUCCUCUCCCCCCUCGCCCCAGUCUUCGCCCCACUUCCCCACGUCCCCAGCAACAUGUCCAUCGCCCUGAAGCAGGUCUUCAACAAGGACAAGACUUUCCGGCCCAAGCGUAAGUUUGAGCCGGGGACGCAGCGUUUCGAGCUGCAUAAAAAGGCCCAGGUGUCGCUGAGCUCCGGGGUUGACCUGAGGGCGGCGGUUGCUCUGCCCCACGGGGAGGAUCUGAACGACUGGGUGGCCAUGCACGUAGUUGACUUCUUCAACAGGAUAAACCUCAUCUACGGGACGGUGUGUGAGUUCUGCACGGAGAAGAGUUGUCCGGUCAUGUCCGGAGGUCCUAGGUAUGAGUACCGAUGGCAGGACGAUCACAAGUACAAGAAACCAACGGCUCUACCGGCUCCCAAGUACAUGAACUUGCUGAUGGACUGGAUCGAGGUCCAGAUCAACAAUGAGGAUAUCUUCCCCACCAGCAUGGGUAUCCCCUUCCCCAAGAACUUCAUCCAGAUCUGUAAGAAGAUCAUCUGCCGUCUGUUCCGGGUGUUUGUCCACGUCUACAUCCACCAUUUUGACCGUAUGAUCCUUAUGGGAGCUGAGGCCCAUGUUAACACCUGCUAUAAGCACUUCUACUACUUCAGCACAGAGCUCAACCUCAUAGACCGCAAGGAGCUGGAGCCACUGAAAGAUAUGACGUCUGGGAUGUGUCACUGAGGUGUUGUAGCAGAACCACUGGAGCUGCCGAUGGCCUGGCAGGAGGUUGCCGUGGAUACGCUGUGGGAGGGGUCCAGUGAGCAGCAGAGAGAAGCUUGGAUGACAUCAUCACCGUGCGUCUGGUAGCCGUAGAAGAACCUGUUACCUGCAGAUACGCCUGCCUGGCUGGAUCCACACUGUAGCGAGGACAGACUCUACUAUUUGUACGAUCAACACUGUAGCAGAGACUACAAGACUCUGCUGUAGUUUGUCACGUUAAAUCAUUCUCUCUAUAACACCAGAUCACAGAGGAGGAGCUGAUUAACUAAUGUUUGCAUGACUUGAUUAUGUUCAAUAUGAGAGUAUGACUACUAGGACCACUUACUUACUGGCUGACUUACUGGCAGGCUGGCUGACUGAUUCACUGGCUAGCUGGCUGGCUGACUGACUGUUUCACUGGCCAGCUGGCUGGCUGACUGUUUCACUGGCCAGCUGGAUGACUGACUGAUUGACUGGCCAGCUGGCUGGCUGACUGAUUCACUGGCCAGCUGGCUGACCGAUUCACUGGCAAGCUGGCUGACUGAUUCACUGGCCAGCUGGCUGGCUGACUGAUUCACUGGCCAGCUGGCUGACUGAUUCACUGGCAAGCUGGCUGGCUGACUGUCAAAUCAAAACGUAGGAAUGGAAUCCUAUUCCUUAUAUAGUGCACUACUGUUGACCAGGGCUCUAUGGGACCCUAUGGGACCCUAUGGGGCCCUAUGGACAAAGGCAGUGCACUCCGGUUGACCAGGGCUCUAUGGGACCCUACGGGGCCCUAUGGACAAAGGCAGUGCACUACGGUUGACCAGGACCCUAUGGGACCCUAUGGACAAAGGCAGUGCACUCCGGUUGACCAGGACCCUAUGGGACCCUACGGGGCCCUAUGGACAAAGGCAGUGCACUCCGGUUGACCAGGGCUCUAUGGGACCCUACGGGGCCCUAUGGACAAAGGCAGUGCACUCCGGUUGACCAGGGCUCUAUGGGACCCUACGGGGCCCUAUGGACAAAGGCAGUGCACUCCGGUUGACCAGGGCUCUAUGGGACCCUACGGGGCCCUAUGGACAAAGGCAGUGCACUACGGUUGACCAGGACCCUAUGGGACCCUACGGGGCCCUAUGGACAAAGGCAGUGCACUCCGGUUGACCAGGACCCUAUGGGACCCUACGGGGCCCUAUGGACAAAGGCAGUCCACUCCGGUUGACCAGGACCCUAUGGGACCCUACGGGGCCCUAUGGACAAAGGCAGUGCACUCCGGUUGACCAGGACCCUAUGGGACCCUACGGGGCCCUAUGGACAAAGGCAGUGCACUCCGGUUGACCAGGACCCUAUGGGACCCUACGGGGCCCUAUGGGCAAAGGCAGUGCACUCCGGUUGACCAGGACCCUAUGGGACCCUACGGGGCCCUAUGGACAAAGGCAGUGCACUACGGUUGACCAGGACCCUAUGGGACCCUACAGGGCCCUAUGGACAAAGGCAGUGCACUCCGGUUGACCAGGACCCUAUGGGACCCUACGGGGCCCUAUGGACAAAGGCAGUGUACUCCGGUUGACCAGGACCCUAUGGGACCCUACGGGGCCCUAUGGACAAAGGCAGUGCACUCCGGUUGACCAGGACCCUAUGGGACCCUACGGGGCCCUAUGGACAAAGGCAGUGCACUCCGGUUGACCAGGACCCUAUGGGACCCUAUGGGCAAAGGCAGUGCACUAUAUAGUUCAUUCAGAAAGUAUUCAGACCCCUUGACUUUUUCUACAUGUUGUUACGUUACAGCCUUAUUCUAAAACGGAUUACAUACAUCUUUUCCUAAUCAAUCUACAUCACAAUACCCCACAAUGACAUCACAAUACCCCAUAAUGACAUCACAAUAACCCAGAAUGACAUCACAAUACCCCAUAAUGACAUCACAAUACCCCAUAAUAACAAAUUAAAAACAGAAAUACCUUAUUUACAUAAGUACUCAGACCCUUUGCUAUGACACUCGAAAUUGAGCUCAGGUGCAUCCUGUUUCCAUUGAUCAUCCUUGAGAUGUUUCUACAACUUGAUUGGAGUCCAGCUGUGGUAAAUUAAAUUGAUUGGACAUGAUUUAGAAAAGGCACACACCUGUCUAUAUAAGGUCUCACAGUUGUCAGAGCAAAACCAUACCAUGAGGUCGAAGGCGUUGUCUGUAGAGCUCCGGUACCGGAUUGUGUCCAGGCACAGAUCUGGGGAAGGGUACCAAAUAUUUUCUGUAGCUUUGAAGAUCCCCAAGAAAACAGUGGCCUCCAUCAUUCUAAUAUGGAAAAAUUUUAGAGCUGGCCUCACAGCCAAAUUGACCAAUCAGGGAUGAAGGGCCUUGGUCAGGGAGGUGACCAAGAACCCAUUGGUCACUCUAACAGUGCUCCAGAGUUCCUCUGUGGAGAUGGGAGAACCUUCCAGAAGGACAAUCAUCUCUGCAGCAUUCCACCAAUCAGGCCUUUAUGGUAGAGCGGCCAGACGGAAGCCGCUCCUCAGUAAAAGGCACAUGACAGCACAGUUGGAGUUUGCCAAAAGGCACCUAAAGACUCUCAGACCAUGAGAAACAAGAUUCUCUGGAGGAAACCUGGCACCCUCCCUACGGUGAAUCAUGGUGGUGGCAGCAUCAUGCUGUGGGGAUGUUUUUCAGUGGCAGAGACAGGGAGACUAGUCAGGAUCGAGGGAAAGAUGAACAGAACAAAGUACAGAGAGAUUCUUGAUGAAAAUCUGCUCCAGAGUGCUCAGGACCUCAGACUGGGGCGAAGGUUCACCUUCCAACAGAACAACGACCCUAAGCACACAACCAAGACAACGCAGGAGUGGCUUCGGGACAAGUCUCUGAAUGUCCUUGAGUGGCCCAGCCAGAGCCCGGACUUGACCCCGAUCGAACAUCUCUGGAGAGACCUGAAAAUAGCUCCCAUUACAACCUGACAGAUCUUGAGAGGAUCUGCAGAGAAGAAUGGGAGAAACUCCCCAAAUACAGGUGUGCCAAGCUUGUAGCGUCAAACCCAAGAAGACUCGAGGAUGUCUUCACGGCCAAAGGUGCUUCAACAAAGUACUGAGUAAAGGGUCUGAAUACUUAUGUAAAUGUGAUAUUGCCGGGGGGUUUUUUUUGUAGUUUCAUUGGUCCUUUCAGGUGUUCAUCCAUCAUGAUCCUGUUUUUCAUUACUUCACCAUGAGGACUUCUUUCUAUGUAAAUGAACUUGUUGUGCUGGCAUCCUUAGCCUAGUGAAUAUGUAUUAUUGAUAAUUUAGCAACACUAAAAUCAAGUUUGUUAUCCAAUCAUCAGUCUGUAACUUGACCGUUCAGUUUACAAUAACCGACACAAAGUGUCUGACCUACAAAGCGAUGAUAAUAUUGUCAACUAGACACUGACACUUAUUUACAAUUAUUUUUUAAACAUUUAGUUUGACUGUUCAUGAUUCCAUGUAAACAUUACUACACCAGAAACAAUAAAGUUUUGAGUAUUUUGA